AUGAAUAAGACCCUAUUGAAUGGAUCAGGUCCAAUUCAAGGCUUGAAACAUCAUGUACAACAGCGUGGCGCUGAGGUGCUCUCCUCUUUUGACAAGAAUAUCCCGCCUUGGCCGACGCAUUUUGUCGUGAGUGAACAAGUCCAGGAGCCACUUUCGAUUGCACAAGCACUGGGUUUCGAUUCCUUGGAAGAAAUGUCAUCUUUUCUGUACGACCAUAGCAUUGUUUGCGCCACGCGGAGGUGGGUUCAUCGCGGGGAUCGACUGGACAAGCCGCCUCUGGAGGAACCUACCAUGAUGGAAACGUAUCUUGGAAUAGGUCCUAAGCGAAAAUGCAAACGACAUAGAACGAACAAAAAUGAAGAGUCGAACGAUUCGCAAAGUUCACGGUCGAAUGUUUACAAAACUAACCAAUCUCUAUCGGAAGCCUUUCGGACCUUGUCUAAACGUCACCAGGAAAUGCCGCUGAACGGAGAACUGGAUGCUUGGAAGUCUUAUUCGUUUCAAAUUACGGCGGGUCGAUUGCUGCAUCUAGGCUUCGAAAUCAGAGAUAGCCCGGAGGUUCUUCGCCAUCUCGCGUCGAUCAACGGGUUCGGCUCGUCGACGAUGGAUAUCAUUACAGAUUAUCUACGAACGCAGCAGUGCAGCCGUUUGCGUAAUCUGGAAUCAGAUCCGGAUCGGGUUGCUAUGAAGAAUAUGAUGAAUAUCUGGGGUGUAGGUCGGGUUCGAGCCAAGGAGUUGGUGGAUGCUGGCUUUAAGAGGAUUAAUGAGGUUCGGCAAGCUGUCGAAUUAGGGAACCUACAAUUGGAAAGAAACCAAUACAUUGGCGUAUUGUGUUACGACGAUUUGCUGGAAAAGAUGGAUCGAACGGAAGUCGAAAGUAUCGGUAAGAUUAUAUCUAACAUUUUCAAAAUGUCCUAUCCUGAGGCGGAAGUGUGUGUAAUGGGAAGCUAUCGACGAGGGAAGCACGCUUGCGGGGAUGUUGACAUUCUUAUUACACACGAAGAUUAUAAUCACACGGUCCCACCGAAAGCACUGGGACAAUUUAUCGACGAACUACGGCAACAGGGACACAUCGCAUAUCACUUGACAUUUAUCUCCGGCAUGAAGCAUGAGCUAUAUGAAACAAUCCCAGAUGCACCAAGUCACUGGUCGCCGCAGCGCGACAAACGAGACAAAUCUUCGAGCAGCUCCUAUAUGGGUGUUUUCAAAUCACCUUGUAUGACGGGUAAGAAGCGCCGAGUUGAUAUUAAAUUUUAUCCUUGGCGAGAAAAGGCUUUCGCGAGUCUUUACUUCACCGGAAAUGGCUACUUCAAUCGAUCGAUGCGCCUUUGGGCAACACGCAAAUUCAACUAUACGUUAAACGACCAUGGUGUUUUCGAUCGAGGAUCUCUUGUUCGCGUUUUAGACACGACUUCCGAAAAAGAAAUUUUUGAAUUUCUUGAUAUAAGUUGGAGGGAACCCAAGGAAAGAGAUUCCUUUGACGCUGUGAAAGGCAAGAAAAAUGGCGAAAGUGCAGCGCAAUUAGAAGGUUUUUCAAGUUUCACGUCGUUCCGUGAGCUCAGUGGGAAGGGACGAAACACGACAUCUGGUGGAGCUCCACUUGACAGGCCAAUCCCGGCAUCGACACGAUUCCUUGUCCCACACAACAAGAUUCCUCGCGAUGACGUUAUGCACAACCAACUCUACGACUCGAAAGCACUAACGAAAAACUGA